UCUCCCACUCCUGCCCCACCACCUGAAGUUGAAGUGUCACCAAAAUAAAUAAUCCGAAUUAAAUUUUCAAAUUGAAAUGAAAAUAAUCUCCUUUUGUUUACACUCCGUUCCCGAGCAUGGCAGCUGAACAAGACCACCUAUCGCUGGACCAAAUUGCCUGCAGGCUUCUUCAGGACAAUUUCCUGCUGACAGCCCUGGAAUUACACCUGGAACUAAUUGAGGCCGGCAGAGAAUUGACCAGCCUGAAGGAAUUUUUCUCUAACCCAGCCAAUUUUGAAAGACAAUCUGCACCUCCAAACGCUUCAUCAAUCGAGCUCACAAAUAAUGGACAUUGCAGAGCUCGUUCCCAUAGUCAGGCGACUCUUGAUUCCCUAGACAUAUCAAGAUUGUCAGAGGAUGGCACCGAUGAACGAGUUGCCGUUCUUGAAUUCGAGUUGAGAAAAGCAAAGGAGACGAUUCAUGGCCUGAGGACUUCCCUUACACAAAUUUCUGCGGAACGUGAGGAGCAUGUCACAAGCACCGAGACCGAUUUAGUCAACAACGACGCUGCUCGUCCUCAUGAACAAAGAGCACUAAAUUUUUUAGUCAAUGAAUAUCUGCUUCGGCAGGGAUACAAACUGACUGCCGUCACCUUUUCUGAAGAAAAUAGCGAACAAGAUUUUGAUGAUUGGGAUGAUGUUGGAUUGAACAUUCCGAGGCCACCUGAGCUCCAUCAGCUCUACAGAGUAACCCACAAAGAAACAGCUGAGAUGGAGUGUCAAACUAGUGAAACAAUGUAUUCCGCGGAGGAAUUCACAAGACUGAAAAAUUUAUGCAAUACCCUUGAACAACAGCUAGAGGAAGAAAAGUUGAAAAGCAAUCUGCAGCCUGAUCUUGAGAACAAAAUAGUUAAUGUGGACGCUUCUACAGACACCACUGACUUAAUUAUAAAUGAAACAAAGACUGAGAUUCUUAUUUCUCCUCCAGUCGAACUUCUUGAAGAAAUUGCCGAAGACGUAUCAAGAGAACUUCCGCCCCUGUUCAAAAGGUCCCUCACGAGACUCUUGCAAAUCUCGGCCAGCUCAACCCCAGUUGAAUCUCGCUCGCUAAUGAGCCUUUUAGUUGAAACACUUCCAUUGGUGACUUCUGCAAAAAAGGAAGACUCAAUUCCCUUAAUCGUUUCUGCUGCCCAGUCAUCAUCAAGUGCAGAAGAGAUUUCUUCAUUGAUUACUAUGCUUUUCAAUUUACGGAAGAGACCUCAGGAGUUAGAGAGAAUGGCUGUGGUCGAAGGUGUUAAGAGAUUAGCUAUGACAGGAGAUUUGCUCGCAGACCACAUCCUCCCUCAGACGUGGGAGUUGGCUGGGCACAAAUCAGUGGAGCGCCGUCUUUUAGCUGCUGAAAUUUGCCUUGCCGUUGCUCCACUCACUCCGAGCCACCUGAGACAAGCAAUGCUGCUGCCGAUGUUGCAACAACUUUUGCUUGAGGCCUCGGAACCAGAGGUGCGAAUUGGAGUAGUGAAGGCUAUGACUCUGGUUGUGGCUUAUACAUCUCACGAAGACAAAUAUCUUCAGUGUGAAGAGCUGUGCCUUUUGGCCCUAGAAGACCAAGAUUCAGAAGUCCGUCUCCUAGCUCAGCAGUUCUUGCUGCCAGUUUUGGCGCAGUGGGCACUACAAAUUCAACGCCUCGAUACACACCUUGUGAAAAGGCUCCUCGCUAGACUCAAGUCCUUAGCUCAUGACUCGCGCUGCGGACCCAUGGUUAGUGCUGUGGGCCAAAUUCUACCUUUUAUUUUGGUCCACCUUGCUUCACACAAAGGUGUGAUUGAAAAAAUGGACUCGGAUUCUACAAUAAAAGUGCCUGAGUUGGGACGUGACCUAAACGACCCUAACAUUUUCCUCGGUGAGAAUGAUUCACCUGAAAAUUUAAUCAAAGCCCUUUGUCUGAGACUUAACGAUGACUUGUAUCAGAACUGGCCCCAAAUGGAGUGGAUGCUUUCAGUCUUCUUGUCUAAUUUGUUUGAUGUCUUAUGUUGUGUGGAUGUUGCAAGCGAAGAUGCUGUGCUUGCUUUUGUGAAGUUUUAUCACCAGUUGAGCAAAUCAAUGGGACAGCAUUUCACUCAAAAUCGAAUCAAGCCAAUGUUCAAAGAGAGUCUUCGGCAACUGGAGGAUUCUCUGACAAAUCUCGAUGACAAUAUUGAAUCUCAGGGAGUGACGUCUCUUGUUUUGAUACCUGUUUUGCUGGUCGCAAUAUUGACCACUGGCGAUCCAAAUGACACUAUGGAGUUGUCAAGCACAUUGAGACAUUUGCUCAUUUUGUUGCCUUCAUUGAAACUGUCACUUACUCCUUUAAAAGUAAGUGUUUUUCACUUGUGCCGAGCCGUAGCCCUUCAAGACACAGUUUUGUCCUGCCUAAGUGAGGCCUGUAAAAACUCCAGGCCAGCAGUUCGUCUUGCAGCGGCCCAGCUCACACUGCACAGUCUUGGGUGUGUUCAUGAUGGUGCCUUAACCAAAUUUGUGCUGCCACAGCUGGCAAUGCUAGCCACCGAUUUGAAUGAGGAAGUAAAAGAGGUUGUUGUAGCGGCGUAUGCAGAGCUGGCGUCUGAACAAGGAGUCGUCCAGGAAGAAAGUAAAUUGGCCUUGCAGACUUUCCUCAAAGACGCUCUGGCAAGCCAUGUGAUGAGCGUGGCCAUCACCAGAGCUCUAGCUCGAAUUUUGCCUUCAAGUGAUCCUGCUUUUGCAGAGGAUGUGGUACUGCCUCAGCUGUGUCAAUUAGCUGCGUUUUGCCUGCAUGGAUUAACUAGUCAGACAAGGAGGAUGGACUUAGGCCAGGCUUUAGUCGCCGCUCUGUCAGUUGCCUUGCAAGUCCCCCUGAGUAGACAGGCCAUUGCCGCAACUUUAGUACCUGCACUGCGAGAUCUUAGUGUUGUUAGCGAGCAGUGCAUGCAAGCUCAUGUGGAUGCUGUCAACAAUUGGCUCAGAGAAGCUGAGAGCAGAGCUCAGAUCGAACAAACAGAACCUACAACUCCCAAAUCGGACAAACCUCAUCUUGUGCAGUCGGCAAUGAGUUCUGCAACAGCUGCUGGUCGGCGAAGCGUGGAAGACGUGAAACAGAAGAUGUCCAGCUUUUUGAGAAAGAAGUAGACUCCGUUCACCAAAGGUCAGGUUAAUUCUUUUAUAAAAUUUUGCUAUAGAGGCAAUAUAUCAUUCCAUUAUUUAAAUCUCACUAGCACUGAGCGCUUUGUGAUAAUGUCCACGUUAAAUUUUCUUGGGUUUAUAAAUUUGUCAUAAUUGGUGAUAUGGUGAUUCAAAUAUUGAUUAAUCAUUAUUAUAUAUCAAUUAUUACAUUGAUCUGUUUAAAAUUUUAAAUUGCUGUUUUUGAACUGUUAAAUUCUUGACCGCAACGUGCAAAUAUUAAAUACAUUUAUAUUAAUAUAAUUUAAUGUUAAAAAUCUGCAACCAAGUUUAUAAAGCUAGUUCAAGAUGAAAAAC